AUGUCACUUGCUUCUCCCAGGCUGUUAACGCCUCCGCUUGCUGCCUGUUCUCAUCCCUCGUCCUCAGUUCUUGUGUUUUGCGUGUUCUCUUCUCAGAGGAACACCACUGGCGUUCUUGUCGUGAUGAAUAUUGUAGAAUGGGCCUUUGGCAAGCGCAUGACGCCUGCAGAGCGCCUGCGCAAGCAUCAGCGUGCAUUAGAGCGGACUCAGCGAGAACUUGACCGAGAGCGGAUCAAGCUGGAAAACCAGGAAAAGAAACUGGUCCAAGACAUCAAGAAGAGUGCCAAGAAUGGGCAGAUUGGCGCUUGCAAGAUCCAAGCAAAGGAUCUUGUCAGAAGCAGAAGAUACAUCCAGAAAUUCUACCAGAUGCGGACGCAAUUACAAGCCAUCUCUCUACGGAUCCAGACUGUCCGCAGCAACGAACAAAUGAUGCAAUCGAUGAAGGGAGCCACGGCGCUUUUAGGUAGCAUGAAUAGACAAAUGAACUUGCCCGCUUUACAACGAAUAGCUAUGGAAUUUGAAAAAGAAAACGAAAUCAUGGACGAGCGGCAGGAGAUGAUGGAUGAUGCGAUUGACGAGGCUACGGGCAUUGAAGACGAAGAGGAGAGCGAAGACAUUGUGAAGGAAGUCCUUGAUGAAAUUGGAGUAGAUCUGGGCCAGGCCUUUGGCGAGACCCCAACCGGAAUCGACAAGGAAACUGUAGGAGAAGCCCGGGUGGCCCAAGCGAUUGGCGGUGGUGCUGGCGAAGACGACGACCUGCAAGCUCGCCUCGACGGUCUUCGAAGAAUGUUCGGUGGCUCCUCGAGCCCACCCAAAGAGAAAACUGACCUGGUGCCUUCAACUGGAACCAGCCCGACUGCUCCACUAACCGUCAACACAGAGGAUAUCGGAGGGGGAGGACGAGAAAAGAAAACUACGACUUCAUCAUCUGGAUCUGCGAACAGAAAGAACAACGAGGACCAGACAGCCGGUGAUAGGAAACGGCGAAGUAGCUCGGUGACAAAAGCUGCAUCCUUUUUCACCAACGCAAAGAACUCGUUUCAUUUUGCUAGUCGAGAACCGUCUCAUCAUCCUAGUCAAAUCCCUCAGAGUCCGUUACAAAAGCUGGGGAAGAUGGAUCCCGCCUUGAGUGUGCCUCAGGGCUCCUUGAACAACUCUGCCGGGGAGUCAGUGCCUACGCCGCGUUCGUCAUUCCGAGUCGGUGUUACAGAAGAUAAGAAUCGGAAAUGUCGUAGGACUAUGGAAGACACACACGCAUAUCUUUACCACUUCCUAGGAACGCCCGCCCCGGUCGCCACCGAGGAUCCCGCAACCAAUGGCAAUGACUCGGCUGGUUCAAGCGAAGCAGUCACAGAUGAGAAUGAGUCCACACAUGUUGUCGAGACAGACAAUGGGUAUUUUGCUAUUUUUGAUGGGCAUGCUGGUACAUUUGCCGCUGAGUGGUGUGGGAAGAAGCUGCAUCUUAUUCUUGAGGAAAUCAUGCGGAGAAACCCUAACACCCAGGUCCCUGAGCUGCUAGACCAGGCGUUUAGCAGUGCCGACCAGCAGUUGGAAGCGCUACCCCUGAAGAACAGUGGCUGCACGGCAGUUGCAGCAGUGUUACGUUGGGAAGACCGGAUAGCCAGCUCACAGUCUGCUACAGGCUCUGUGCCCAUAGGUCCAGCUGCUGCCUCCGCAAGCAAGCUAGAAAUUUCCUCAGAUUCGGCUUCGGAAUCUGCUCAAACGCCCACCCAAUCUUCGGCCAGCCCAGAGUCCACAUUGCCAAAGCUCCAGGAACCUGCAUCUCGCCAGCGUGUCUUGUACACGGCGAAUGUCGGUGAUGCUCGGAUCGUACUGUGUAGAAAUGGUAAAGCUCUGCGGCUUUCAUAUGACCAUAAAGGCAGUGAUGAGAACGAAGGGAAACGUAUCGCGAAUGCUGGUGGUCUUAUCUUGAACAAUCGUGUCAACGGUGUUCUCGCUGUCACGAGAGCCCUCGGAGAUAUAUACCUGAAAGAUCUGGUUACCGGUCAUCCAUAUACGACCGAGACUGUCAUUCAACCUGAUCAAGAUGAAUUUAUUAUUUUGGCCUGUGAUGGACUAUGGGAUGUUUGCACGGACCAAGAAGCAGUCGACUUGAUACGAAACGUCAAAGACGCCCAGGAGGCAUCCAAGAUGCUUGUGGAUCAUGCUUUAUCGCGCUUCAGCACGGAUAAUUUGUCUUGUAUGGUCGUACGUUUCGACGCCAAUCUGAUUCGAGACGUUGUCGAACGCCGUAUAGAUCCAAUCGGAGUUGAAGGAGACCCGUCUUCCAAGGACAAAGGCGGCGUAAGCGAGGCUGACAAGAUCAUCGAAGGCACGAAGAAACAACUGAACGAUGCAAAUGCCGAUGGCACUCUGAAUGUUAACCUAGGUCUCAAUGCCAAACUUAAAGCAGGCCCUGCCGAAGUAGCAUCUGCUGAAUCGCCGGGUCCAGAGGUUACAGUCGAUGACACAUUGAACCCGCUGAAUCCAAAAGAUGCUAUCAGUACUGAAAGUGAAAGUAACCCUGCAAAGUGA